AUGGAUGCCCAUGAAGAUGAUUCUAGACGGGAGUCUGGUGAACUACUUCUCGCAGAGGAAGACGGCACUCUAUGGGGUGGAAAGGAAACAUCAGCGCCCGCAUGUAGCAGCUUUGCGGUGUGCCUCUUGCGGCUGGUUGCACUUGUCCUUCUAUUCUUAGUCGGAACUCUCUUCGGCUUUCACUGGCGUGGUGACUUGGACGGCCUUUGUAGUCGACAUGUCUCUCGAUACUCAACUAUCAUGAAGGAAGUUGGAAUUCAAUAUAGCCUGCAUGAAUUCAAUGGCUCUCUCCUGAAAGAGAAUGUUUUCCGACAAGAUGCAGGCCCAGAAGUUGACGCAGCAUGGGAGUCCUUGGGCGCCAAUUACCGCGGUGUUCGAAUACCACCCGAAGACGCUGAACAGUCUGGACUUGCUACCGACCAAGUCAAGAUCAAUUCGAAGUAUGGCGGAGGAUUCCCUGCAAAUGUUGAGGGCUUGCACCACCUUCACUGUCUGAAUCUCCUUCGUCAGUCACUCUAUUAUAACUACGACUACUACCACGCGGAGGGGGAAGGGGCCUUCACGAACAAUGACUAUAUCGUCCGCCACCACGUGUACAGUGGAGUAUUGGGUCAAGUCUGGAUUUACCCCGAGAACCCGGAGCCCUAUGUCGACUUCAACACCCAACAUCGGUGUAAAAACUUCGAAGCCAUCCGUCGUUGGGCUGAAGAGAACCAGCUGCCUCAAAACCCCCCUGCGGACUUUCUGCAGCCACCAUCAGAAGGAGACCGAAUCUAUGGUCAAAUGCCAUGA